CACACAUUAUUGGAUAAACGAUGAUUUUUUUUCUCUCUUUUGUGAGCUGUUUUAAGCAUGUCAGUGAAAAAUUCUCAAUUUCAUCGUCUACCACAAUAACAACUGAUUUUCGGCAGUCGUUAAGCAAACUGUCUCGUGUGCUAGCUCGUUCACUUAGUUCACUGUAGUCGUUACAUUCAUUUGGACACUUUUGCUUCGUUUCAUUCACUUGUCUAUCGAUUUUUGGAGAAUAAGAACCAUUUUCUCUAGCAAAAAAAAACGUUUUUAUUAAUUUGUCUUAUUCAUUCCCAAAAGCAGAGCUGAUUUUUUAAACCAAUUUGAAAUUUGUAUGUAGAUUUGAAGUAUGUCAAGUUUACGGGCGAUUGCUUUGAUAUGUGUGUUAUGUGUUUUGGUGUCCGAAUCGGCUGUGUUAAUCGCUGACAAUCUCAUGCACCGUAUGAUAGAGUUGAAUUCCAAACGACCGUUUUGUAAAUCUCAUGUCGACAGAGGCGACAUUCAAAGAAUGCUUCUGGCGUCUGAUCAACGGCGUGUACGUUACGUUCCGAUGGAGGUGAUUGAAGCUUUGGAAAAGGAAUGCAAAGAAGUUGGCGGCUUGCAACCGGAAAUUCAAGGAGGUCUAGCUUUUAUCUACCCUGGCACGAAGUGGUGCGGUCCAGGUUCAAUUGCCGAAGAAUAUAGUGACGUAGGACGGUAUGCUGAAGAAGACAGAUGCUGUCGAGAACAUGAUUUAUGCCCACAAACUCUCUCGCCGGGCGAAUGCAAGAAAGGUCUUUGUAACCAGCAACAAUUUACGAGAAGCCAUUGCGAAUGUGAUGCCAAAUUUCGUCGCUGCUUACAACAAUUAAAUACAGAAACAGCAAAUACGCUUGGCGCUGUAUUUUUCAACGUCGUCCAGGUAACUUGCUUCAAAGAACGGCGUCCUUGUUCUACACAUCAAAGUUCAAAAUCAAAUUGUUCGUAUGGAUUUUAUAAAUCGGAGUCAUAUAUAUCAGCGCCGCUUUUGUCGGCUCUUAAUUCAGGCCAAUUAAAACCGCACGUGUAUCACGUAUCAAAUUCAGAAAUGAAUGCAAGAUCGAUGUAUUCAAACGCAUUUCAUUCACCUAAUAGCAGAAUUUUUGCGAAAGAAACACCCAUGGAAUUGGAAAAUUCAAUUCGACUGGCAUCCUUGGGAUUGGCUGCUAAAAAUAUCUUUCAUGACAUGGUUGUGCGGCGUCUUAUUGGUUUUACUCGCUUACUAAAGUUGGCCACACACAUUUUGGAAAGUUAAACUUUCAUCUAUUUAUAAGCUGCCUAUGAUUAUUCAGACACAUUAUGACUCAUCAAAAUUUUAGCUUCUAAACUAAUU